GAAAGUCGGCAAAGAAAACACGGCUAAGGCAGGAAGCUCGGCAUCUCCAGCUUUGUAAACCUUGGUUAAGUUCAGGGAGAAGUGGAUAGAACUGUAGGGUGCAAGAGCUCUGAAGUGUCUGCUGUAAAGCUCUGCUGUUGCUGCUAUGAGUCUGUUCAUCUUAUUCUCAGUGCUCCUUGCAUCUCUGAGUGGCAGCAGAUGUGCUGUGAUCACUGGGGCCUGUGACAGGGACGUCCAGUGCGGCAUCGGGAUGUGCUGUGCGGUCAGCCUGUGGCUGAGGGGCCUACGAAUGUGCACACCACAGGGGUUUGAGGGAGACGAAUGUCAUCCAUUCAGCCACAAGGUACCGUUCCCUGGGAAGAGACAGCAUCACACCUGCCCCUGUCUGCCUCAUUUAGUGUGCACCAGAUUUACUGACAGCAGAUAUCGAUGUACCAAAGAUUACAAAAGUAUAGACUUUUAAAAGCAUAGAUCAGAGACAGGGAGAAAACAUAGGACUGACUGCGAGCUAGAAAAAUGAGUACUUGACAGAAAAAA